AUGUCUCCUCGGUCUCCAAAGGCGGGGCAGCCCGGAUCUGGCGCUGAUCUCAAGAGCUAUUCUUGCUUGACUUGUCGACAGCGCAAGAUCAAAUGCGAUAGGCAUAAUCCUUGCUCCAACUGUAUCAAGGCGACGUGGCAGUGUAGCUUUAUCCCUCCUGUGCGGGGAAAAAGGAAAAGAACAAAACCUCCUAAAGAGGGACUCCAUGCCAAAGUGAGACGAUAUGAAAAGCUGCUGAAAUCAUAUGGUGCAAAGGUUGAACCGUCCAGGUAUGACGGCGACUCGGACUCGGAAACAGUAGGAACAGUGUCUCAGCCAGACGCAGACAUGUCUGAUGAAGAAGAUGCCGCCGCCAGGGCUGGAUCCGUUGAUAAAGAAGGGUCGCCGAUAGACUUUGAGAGUUGUUUUUCGUCCAACUUAGAAGGAGGGUUUCUGUAUCCGGGAGAAGCUCACAUUGUUGGGCCCACAGAUGAGUCGAACGUUCACGAUUCUCUGUCUGACCUCGUUCUUGGCACUCCUGAGCUUACACCAAACGAUCACUCCAAAGUCGAAAACCUCGCAGGCUUACAUCCUCCCUACCACAUCUUGCUGAAGCUAUGGGAUGUUUAUGUCGAUCGAGUUGAUCCUCUAAUGAAAAUUUUACACCUUCCAUCGUUUUGGCCCAAGCUGACAAAUGCGCUUCAACAUCCCCAAGACAUUCCGAAAAAUCUAGAAGCCCUCAUUUGUGCUUUCUAUCUUGUUACAAUUACCUCUUUAGCAGAAGACGAAUGCCGAGAUCUACUAGGAGGUCAAAAGUUAGUGUUAUUUGCGCAGCAGGAAUGUGCAGCUCGCCGGGCGUUGAGAACUGCAGGGUUCCUCGAAACCACUAGCCCAGUGACUCUUCAGGCACUUGCGAUGUAUAUUAUGGGUGCAAGAAGCAGUCAUCAGAAUGAUACUCUGUUUACCUUAUCAGGAGUUGCCGUACGGCUGGCGCGCAAAAUGGGCCUUCACCGAGAUGGUACAUCUUUUAGGCUUUCUCCCUUUGAAACAGAAAUGCGGAGGCGGCUCUGGUGGCAUCUUGUUCAUAUGGAUUACCGAAUAUCCGGUUUAGUGGGUGCAAAGCCGUCUAUGGAUAUUUUCUCUGGCGAUGCCAAAAUCCCGUUGAAUAUUGCAGACGAAGACCUCAGCCCCGACAUGGUCGAUCUACCCCCAGAGAGUAAGGGCAUCACUUCCAUGGUGGUUUCCCUCAUCAGAUGCAGCGCUCGAGAGCUUCUAUGCAAAUUCUCAUCACCCAUUCGAGAUAAUUUUGGUGGUUGGGAGAUAGAUUCCAACCCUGACAUCACCCUCGCCAUAAAAGACAGCAUGAUAAACCAGCUCGAGAACCUAUGGGAAGAGAAGUAUCUGCGUUAUUGCGAUCCAUCUAAUACGCUCCAUCAUCUCGCAUCAAUCAUGGCUAGGUCGGCAAUAUCAAUAUGGAAGAUCAAGUUAUUUUCUCCAAACCCACGAAGAUUCGCCAAUCGCGGCGUCAAAGUCCCCCAAAGCGAACGGGAUAUAAUCUUUACAAAUGCAACAAAAAUAUUAGAAUACGUGAAUUUAGUACGAGGGAAUCCUAGCUUGGAGAAAUACCUGUGGCAGGUCGGCACGAGCUUUCUUUGGAAUCCAUUUCUGUACGUGCUCAUUGAAGCUCGACACCGCAAGAUAGGACCGGAGAUUGAUCGGCUAUGGCAGUUGAUUGGAGCUGUGCUUUCAAAAUACCCUCAAAUGUUUGAAAAGAAUACUGGAGCUGUGUAUGCUGCGCUUGGCAAGUGGACGCUAGAAGUUUGGGACGGCUAUCUCGCGGCCACCAAAGUCGAGGGGCUUGCGGAACCACCAACACCUGGAUAUAUCAGUGCGAUUCGGCGUUGUCUAACACCGUCGGUUGAAUCUUCAUCCAACCAAAAGAAUCUAACGGAAUCUCGACCUACCACUAGAACGUCGACUAGACACGAUAGAUUUCCUCUUUCUGAUUCCGAACCUUUGGCCUCAUCUGAUUUCUCCGAUCUUCUCUCUUUUGAGACAGACCUAGACCAAUGGGUCCAAUGGGAAGGCUUGGUUGCUGGAGAGCAUUUUGCUGGAGAUAUAUAA